UCUGGAUUUUUAUUUUAUGGAACCUUAUAAACUUUGCUCAAGCUGUGGAUCUUUACCAGAAGCCAUCAUUUAUCUCAGCUAAACUGGGUGAAACUGUUACAUUUCAUUGCACAUUUGCAAAGAAGCACAGUGCAGAAUCCAUGGUCUGGUACAAACAGACUGGGGUGCAGAUUCUCAACAUUGCGGUACAGAGUCCAUUCAUGGAAGUCAUCAUUUCAUCUGAGUACAAUAAGUCACACUUGAAGCUAGAGAGGACUAAGACCAACAUUUCCUUCUCUAUUCUACAUGCUGCUAAAGACGACGGAGGACUUUACUUCUGUGGUGUAGUUCUGAUGAAAACCACUGAGUUUUCCACUGGAACCUUUUUAGCUGUGACAGGCAAUCCAGAAUUAACCAUAUCGGUGGUCCAAAGUCCAGUGUUGGGCAGGGUUUCCCUAGGAGAGUCAGUGUCUCUGCAGUGCACCAUCCUCUCUGAGAGGAGAACAGCAGAACUCCGAGUGUUCUGGUUCAGAGCUGCUGCAGGUGAAUCCCAUCCUGAAAUCAUUUACACUCAUCACAACAGCAGCCAUCAGUGUGAGAUCAGCUCUUCUCCACACAGCUGUGUGUAUGACCUCUCCAAGAGUGUCCUCAGCCUCUCUGAUACUGGCACUUACUACUGCGCUGUGACCACCUGUGGCAAGAUCCUUCUUGGAAAUGGAACGACAGUAUAUAUGUCUAGUCCUCUGGAUCCUGUAGUGAUCUUCCUGGGAACAGCUCUGGGAUUGUGUGUGCUUGUCAUUUCUGCUCAAGCAGUUUUAAUCUGUAAAAGGAUAAACUAUAAACACUGUAGUGGUGAGUGUUUAUUAAUGUUGUGUAGCUAAACCUUAAACAACACCUAAAAGCAGAAAUAUCUACUCCUGAAAUGUAUCUCUUAAGUUAACCAGUGUAGUUACUUAAACAGACUGGAAA